GUCAUGUCAUGUCAUGGGUCAAAGAUCUUAUCGGGCUCAAAAUCAAAAUGGCGUUAAAACGUCUGUGCUCGGAGGUUUCCAGAUUUGGCUUAGGAAGAAGUCAUGUCUUCUGGACAGCAUCCCGAGCACUUAGUGUUACAGUGCCUAAGAACUGUUACAAAUAUGUGAAUGCAGUAGAAGCAAGUCAAGAUAUGAGAGAUGUGACAGAUCGUGCGGCUCGUACACUGUUUCUCGGUGAAAUCUUCAGGGGUCUUGCAAUGACGUUAAGUUACCUCUUCCGAGAGCCUGCCACAAUCAAUUACCCAUUUGAGAAAGGACCUCUGAGUCCACGUUUUCGAGGAGAGCAUGCCCUGCGAAGAUACCCAUCAGGAGAGGAGAGGUGCAUUGCGUGUAAACUAUGUGAAGCUAUCUGUCCUGCUCAGGCUAUUACAAUUGAAGCUGAAGAGAGGGCAGAUGGUAGCAGGAGAACGACUCGUUAUGACAUUGACAUGACAAAGUGUAUAUAUUGUGGAUUCUGCCAAGAAGCAUGUCCGGUUGAUGCUAUAGUGGAGGGGCCUAAUUUUGAAUUCUCAACUGAAACACAUGAGGAACUUCUGUACAAUAAAGAGAAGUUGCUGGAUAAUGGCGAUAAAUGGGAAGCAGAAAUUGCAGCAAAUAUUCAGGCAGACCAUCUCUACAGAUAAACACUCUUAAUAUAGGCUAUAACUGUAUAUAUAAAAUUUUCUGAAUCACAUGAACUGUAGACAACAAAAGUGAUGAAAAUCUUAAGGUUUUUGUGAUGUGACAAGGUAGAUAGUUAUAUACACACAGUAACAGCAAACUUCUAAGGGAAUUAUAAACCUUUUUUUUUAACAGAGAAGCUGUUCAGAUGAAUUGUCUUGAAGAAUUUUAGUUACUGUGUGCAGGAAAGUUUGUUCAGUAUAAGCUUCUAUUCACAGAGUGAACAACUUCUUGUGACAUUCACCUGAAGAAGUUCUCUGUGUGUGAACGAACAUUUAUUAUAAAGUUUGUAGUGCUGUUCACCAUUUCUUAUCACUGUAUAUUUAAACUACUACUACCUAACACCACACAUGUCGUUUUGUGCUAAUUAAUUUCAUGUAAUAUCCUCUCGCCAAACCUUUGGAAAAAGUGUCAGUAUACUGAUGUUAAAACUUUAAAUUUGAUUGAAUCUGCAUAGAAAUUUACAAUACUCACGUUGGAUUGUUUUUCUCAACCAGAAUUAAUACACAUAUUUGUUUCUUACACAAUAAGGAAGGUUGUGUUAGAUUUCAGUGGUUUAUUGGUAAUUCAAUAAAGUACAUUGUUAACUUUC